AUGUCCAAACAACCCCUCAAAGCAGCCAUCUUGGUUGUCUCAACAACGGCAGCUCGAGACCGUUCAACCGACGCAACCACCGCAAUACUACGGGAUGUUUUUGAAAAAGAUGGGGCCGGGCAAUGGAAUGUCGUUCAGACAAGCAUUGUUACCGACUCUAUUUCUGACAUCCAACGGCAAGUGAUGUCAUGGACCGACACGGCCGACGCCGUUAACCUGAUUCUCACCACUGGAGGGACAGGCUUUGCUGUAGAGGAUCAUACACCGGAGGCUGUCAGUGCACUGCUGCACAAGCAAGCUCCUGGGCUUGUCCAUGGCAUGAUCGCAGCGUCACUAGAUGUUACUCCCUUUGCCAUGAUGUCCAGGCCUGUGGCCGGAGUUCGAAAGGGGACUAUCAUCGUGACUCUUCCCGGUUCUCCAAAGGGGGCCAAGGAGAAUCUUCAAGCCGUUAUUAAACUCCUGCCACAUGCUUGCAUACAAGCCUCCGGGGCAAACUCGCGUCAAUUGCACUCGGGAGGAGUGAAAAAGUUGGAGCAGGAGGCUGGAGUUUCGGCCAGUGGAAGCCAACAAGGAAGGUCUUCGCACCACCACCACCAACACCAUCAUGGUCACGGGAACCUAGUUCGGCACACACAGCCAGACUCUAACCCAAUGUCGAAUGACCCCAAUCUGGGACCAACUCGUCGACAUCGCGAAUCACCAUACCCAAUGUUGUCGGUUGACGAAGCCCUGGACGCAAUUCAAAAGCAGACCCCAGCCCCCACUACCGAGAUGCGCAAAGUCAGCAGUGACCUCGUGGGUGCAGUGCUGGCCGAGGACGUAAAGGCAAAGGAGAAUGUACCGGCUUUUAGAGCCAGCAUCGUCGACGGGUAUGCUGUCGUCGUGCCCAAAGAUGGCAACAUGCGUGGCGUUUUCCCCGUGGUCUCGGUAUCACAUGCCUCUCCAGGUGAAGUCCCUCCUCUCAAGGAGGGUGAAAUCACCAGGAUCACAACCGGAGCGCCCCUGCCGCCGGGAGCGACUGCAGUGAUCAUGGUUGAGGACACUGUGCUGAAGACUAAAACGGACGAUGGCAACGAGGAGAAGGAGGUAGAAAUUCUGGCAGAGGGUGUCAAGGAGGGUGAAAAUAUCAGGGAGGUGGGGAGCGACAUAGAAAAGGGCACUAUCGUGCUACGUAAGUACGAACAAGUCUCGGCCGCUGGAGGAGAGAUUGGCUCGCUCGCUGCCGUUGGAGUUGACGAGGUGCAAGUGUUUCGCCGUCCAACCAUUGCGGUUUUGUCGACCGGUGAUGAGAUCGUUCAGCAUGACCGGCCAGGAGAGCUACGGAUGGGCGAGGUUCGAGAUACGAACCGACCAACCCUCAUUGCGGCUGCUAGACAUUGGGGCUACGAGGUUAUCGACAUGGGCAUCGAGACGGACAAGCCGGGCCGCCUCGAGGAGACGUUGAGGAGCGCCCUGAGAAAAGCCGAUGUUGUCAUCACCACGGGUGGUGUAUCCAUGGGUGAGCUCGAUCUGCUCAAGCCGACUAUCGAGCGGUCCCUUGGCGGAACCAUUCAUUUCGGCCGCGUGUCUAUGAAGCCUGGAAAGCCCACCACUUUUGCCACGGUCCCUGUCAAGGACAACUCGGGCGAGCGGGUGCAAAAGGUCAUAUUUUCGCUUCCGGGGAAUCCUGCGUCGGCCCUUGUGACUUUUCAUAUAUUUGUCCUGCCAUCACUUCACCGUUUCUCCGGGUUGCAAACAGCUGGAUUGCCCAAAGUCCCCGUGACAUUGGCGCACGAUUUCCCGCUCGACAAGGCACGGCCAGAGUACCACCGUGCUGUAGUCUCUAUCGGGACAGAUGGCUUGCUCUGGGCGAAUAGUACUGGCGGGCAACGGAGUUCCAAGGUCGGGAGUUUAAAGGGUGCCAACGCGCUCCUGUGCCUCCCGAAAGGGGCUGGCUCGAUGAAGAAGGGGGAGCAAAUAGUUGCUUUGUUGAUGGGCGCCAUUCACGGAAACACUUGA